AUGGUCCCAGCCUCGGUCGUUCUGGCCUUUCUCUUCGUGGGCCUCUCGACGGUGAUAUGCCUGCUGCGACUGUUCCUGCGCCUGCUAUGGCUGCGGGACUAUUCCCCGGCUGAAUUCGUCAACAUCUUCGUGAUUAUCCUCCUCGGUUUCCAAAUGUGCGGCAUGGCCAUCACCGACAUGUACGGCAACAACUACAUGCCUCCCAGCGUCCGCGAAAGCCUGACUUCCGAGGAGAAGGAGCAGCACAUCCUCGGCACAAAAUGGUUCCUCGUCGGCGGUCUGACCUACUACGCCAUCGUCUGGUGUUUCCGCGCGUCGCUGCUGCUGCUCUACCGCCCUCUGACCUCCAACGUCGCCGGAUAUCGCUAUCUGCUUCCGGGCGGAUUGGCGGUGCUGGGAUUGACCUAUCUGGGUGUCGUGUUGGCGAGGCUGCUGUCCUGUCGGCCGAUUGGGAGGAUGUGGCAGAUGUACCCGGAUCCCGGCAAAGAGUGCGCGGAAGCGUUGGUUCACGUCUAUGUUGCCAGUGCGUUUGGAAUUAUCAUCGAUAUCUCUCUCAUCAUCAUCCCCAUGUCCGUCAUCUGGAUGGCCAAAAUGCGUCGACGCGACAAGAUCGGGCUCUACGUGCUUUUCGGGCUUGGCUUCUUCACUGUUGCCGUCAUCAUCGUCCGCCUCAUCCUCACCAUCGCCGACCCCGCCGCCCACAGCGCCAUCGUCUGGGCCACCGUCGAGAUCUUCAGCACCUGCAUCGUGUGCAACGCGCCCUCGAUGCGCGUCGUGCUGGUCCGCUUCCGCCGGGGCGAAUACCCAAGCGGCUACCUCAGCGGCUCGCGAGGCGCUGGCACUCAUGCACGCAGCCAGGGGACCUACCAUCACUCCCGGCCGGGGACGUCGUGGGUGACAGCGUCAGGACGACGCCGGAGUCGCUCCCCGACCGGACGUGCUGCCGCUCCCCCCGAGGAGAUGUACGUCAAGGGCCAGAUCAACGUCACGACGGACGUGAGCGUCGACGUGCGCAAGACGGACGAUCCAGAGACGGGCCGGCAGCCGAGCAGCACGGGCAGCGGCGAGGGGUUCGUCGACGAUUGCGAGAUGCGCCCGCUGGCGACGCAUGGGAUGGCCAAAGUACUGUACAUGUGCGUAUGA